AUGCUUUCUACCAUCCUUCCCACAGCUGAUGCAACCGGAGCUCUCAAUCGCAUCACUGCUAAUCAGCAGUACCGACUUCUCGCUGAGCAGCUUGCUGCUUCUGGAAAGUGCAUCUACAUGGCCGACAUGGACCCUGACGAACCCAACAUUGCUCACAAUUGGAUUGCUUUGGAAGCUGAUAUCGGUGGUGAUGGAAUCCAUCCAAACGACCAAGGCCACAAGAAGAUGGCCUCUGUGUUUUAUAAUGCAAUCAUGAAAGCUGUCUCGGAUGAUAAGAUCAAGAACCCCGCUGCCAUGGCGAAAACUGGCACCACCGGCUGCGAUAAGACGUUGGGUGGAACCUGGACUGUGGCGAUCACCGCCACGAAAUCAAUGUUCGAAAAUUGCAUCUUGACAAAGCUACAUGCCGCUUCUCACGAGAACGUCUAG